AUGGCCAACAAAGAAUUUCUGAAAUCCGACCUUGACUCAAGCGGUGUCCAGUUGUCUGCGCCUGCUCACAGCCUUUCAAUCGAAGAAGUGCUUCGGCAGCUCUGUACCAGGAAGGAGGAUGGAUUGACCGCGGGUGAAGCAGACAAGCGCCUUCAAACCUACGGGCCCAACAAAUUGGACGAAGGCGAAGGCGUAUCGAUUGCCAAGAUUCUCUUGCUCAGUUUUGGCAUUCAAUCUUGGAUAGAAGGCGGAGUGAUCGCGGCUGUUGUCGGGCUCAAUAUCGUCGUCGGUUUCGUCCAAGAAUAUGCUGCAGAGAAAACUAUGGAGUCUUUGCAUUCAUUGACUUCGCCCACUGGUACUGUGUCGAGAGAUGGGCAGACAAAGGUCGUCCCAACUGCCGACAUCGUUCCAGGGGAUAUGGUGGAGUUAAAAACCGGUAAUACGGUGCCGGCAGACCUGAGACUAGUUGAAGCAGUGAAUUUCGAAACCGACGAAAUGCUGUUAACUGGAGAGUCUCUUCCUGUUCACAAGAUAGCCGAAACUACUUUCAAGGAAGACAUUGGCCCCGGUGAUCGUUUGAACAUUGCCUACAGUUCCAGCACAGUGACAAAGGGCCGGGCACGUGGCACCGUUAUCGCGACAGGUAUGAAUACAGAAGUUGGACAAAUCGCUGCUGCGCUACAGGCGAGCAGGUCGAAGCGCCGACCGGUUAAACGUACCGAGCAAGGAACGACAAAAAAGCGUUGGUAUCUUCAGGCUUGGGCAUUAACUGCAACGGAUGCUAUCGGUCGCUUCCUGGGAGUCAACGUUGGUACUUUACUGCAGAGAAAGCUCUCGAAAUUAGCCAUCAUUCUCUUCGGCGUGGCAGUUGUGUUCGCCAUUGUUGUAAUGAGUGCAAAUCUCUGGAGCAACAACAGAGAGGUUAUCCUCUAUGCAGUUGCCACCGGUUUAAGCAUGAUUCCAGCCUGUCUGGUGGUGGUAUUGACUAUAACCAUGGCUGUAGGAACGAAACGAAUGGCUCAGCGUCAUGUUAUCGUCCGUAAACUUGAUUCACUUGAAGCCCUAGGAGCCGUAACCAAUAUAUGCUCCGACAAGACUGGCACCUUGACUCAGGGCAAGAUGGUAGUGAAGAGGGCAUGGAUUCCAAGCAAGGGGACUUAUUCAAUUAGUCCUUCAUCCGAACCCUUCAACCCAGCACUGGGCGAUAUCUUCUUUGUUGAUAAAGCCCCGAUUGAACUGUCCAUCGAGGAAGCUGAGAGUGGGGAUCCAGCCACAUAUACCGAUCUCUUAUCGAACAAUGAAUGUUUAGAAGAAUUCCUCAAUGUUGCUUCCAUGGCGAAUUUGGCCCAUGUUUACCUAGCCGAAUCCGGACAGACCGAAUGGCACGCACGGGGCGAACCCACUGAGAUCGCCAUUCAAGUGUUCGCCUCUCGUUUUGAUUGGAACCGCGACCGAUGGACAACCGGUCCUGAUGCACUAUGGCACCACAAGUCUGAGUUUCCCUUCGAUUCCGAUGUCAAACUGAUGUCGGUUGUCUUCGAAAAGUUCGCUGAAAGGGGAAAAAAUCUCUCCGUCUUUACCAAAGGCGCUGUAGAACGUGUUCUUGACGCAUGUACUACGGUCAUCUGGGAGAAUGGCACGGAGCCAGUAUCACUGACGGAAGCUCACCGUCAGUUCAUUCUUCAAAAUAUGGAAUCACUUGCUCAACUUGGAUUGAGGGUUCUUGCCUUUGGUAGUAAAUUUUUUGCCCCCGAGACUGAAUCAUUCGAUGACAUAGAGCCCAGUCGAAGUGAAGUCGAGAAAGAUUUAUGCUUUUUAGGUUUAGUCGGUAUCUACGAUCCUCCUCGGCCAGAGACCAAAAUGUCUAUUGAGACCUGCCACAAAGCUGGCAUUUCAGUGCAUAUGGUGACAGGAGACCAUGUUGGAACCGCCAAGGCCAUCGCUCAGCAGGUUGGAAUAUUACCCGCUGACCUCGGUUGUGUCGCAAAAGAUGUUGCCGACGCAAUGGUGAUGACUGCCAGCGACUUCGACCGACUGACUGAGGAUGAGAUUGACGCCUUGCCCACGCUGCCUCUAGUGAUUGCUCGGUGUGCUCCACGGACCAAAGUUCGAAUGAUUAAUGCACUUCACCGUCGUGGCCACUUCGUAGCAAUGACAGGAGAUGGGGUGAAUGAUUCUCCAUCGUUGAAACACGCAGACGUUGGCAUUGCUAUGGGCCAGAACGGGUCUGAUGUUGCCAAGGAUGCAUCGGAUAUUAUCCUGACAGACGACAACUUUGCAUCCAUUCUCAACGCUAUUGAAGAAGGACGACGCAUCUUUGACAAUAUUCAAAAAUUUGUCCUUCAUCUAUUGUCAGAGAAUAUAGCUCAGGCAUGUACUCUCUUGAUUGGUCUUGCUUUUAAGGAUCAAGAUAGCCAAUCAGUAUUUCCGUUGGCACCGGUCGAGAUCUUGUGGAUUAUCAUGAUCACUUCUGGUAUGCCUGAUAUGGGUCUUGGAAUGGAGGUUGCUACUGCCAAUAUCAUGAAUCGCCCACCACAGAGUAAACAAGGUAUCUUCACAUGGGAAGUCAUCAUCGACAUUGGUGUCUAUGGUUUGUGGAUGGCUUGUCUUUGCCUCGCUGCCUUCUCCUUGGUGAUGUGGGGAUUUGGUGAUGGAAACCUUGGCCAUGGCUGCAAUAGAUCGUACAGCGCUGAAUGCGACUUGGUCUUUCGUGCCCGUGCUACCACAUUUGUCUGCCUCACUUGGUUUGCGCUGUUUCUGGCCUGGGAGAUGAUUGACAUGCGCCGAUCAUUUUUCCGUAUGCAACCUGGGUCCACACGGUAUUUUACUCAGUGGAUUUAUGAUGUCUGGCGUAACAAAUUCCUCUUUUGGGCAAUUAUUGCUGGAUUUGGGACAAUUUUCCCUAUCCUAUAUAUACCUGUCAUCAAUCAUGAUGUUUUCAAACAUACGGGAAUUUCUUGGGAAUGGGGCGUUGUGUUUGUUGAGGCCUUUCUAUUUUUUCUCGGGGCUGAAACUUGGAAAUGGGCAAAGAGAAUCUACUUUCGUCGUUACGGAUUUCGAGCAAAAAUCCAAGCCGGCACUCGAGUUUAA